AUGGAUUAUUAUUCACACCAUAAGGUCAUGACGGUUCUGGCACUGUUGUUCCUGUGCCCUGCGGUUGCCACGGAAGCUUUCUCCUCUGCUCGGGUAUCCUCUAUUCCAAGAGGAGGAAGCCCCGGGGCUUCGGAAGAGUUGCGUGGAGGAGCACGACUGCGUGCAUUGACCACUCAACGGGAAAGACGAUGGCGGCCCCUCAAACAGAGCAGUGUUGCUACGACGGGGCCAAGACUCUUUCCCAGGGGAGAAAACAGUACCAUGACUGCUACUCUAGUGGAAGAAGAAGUUAUGGAUGCCGUUUUCCCGGAAGCACCAGAUGCCGCUGUGGAGAAGAAGAAGAAGCAUUUCCUCAAGCGCAUCGACGGCAUUGUUUUUGUCUCUUACCUGUGCAAUGUCAUGGCUCUGUCUUUGCCUGUGCUCCUGGUACCCAUUGCUGCCACUGAACACGCAACAUCCAUGUCACUGUCUGCAAAGGCUGCCACUGUCAUGGUGGCGUCUCAAGUUGCCAGUAUCAGUUCUGUGGCUUCUUUGGGAGGUGCCUUGGGGAAGUUUGUGAAUGGAUUCAUCUGCAAAGAACUGGGAUCGUACUUUUGCAGCUCUGCGUAUUUGGUCGGAUUGGGAGUCUGUUCAUUGGCAUUCUCAUUGUCCACCAAUGCCCAAACCAUGUCUUACGCAUUUGCAGGCAUGGAGUUCUUUGCAUCCAUUCAAUGGGCUUCUCUGGCCGUCAUGCUCUCCAACUACUAUGCAAAGGAGCCUGUCAAGUUGUCCGCUGCCUUGACAGCCUUGGGGUUGUCUUCCACCAGUGGACAGCUACUGGCAAAGUUUUUUGGAAUGACCCUCAGUAGUGCCUUCCACUGGCGCCUAGUGGCUCAGCUGGGUGCGCUUGUGGCCUUUGGAGGGGCUAUGUUGAUCUCUCAAGCACCGGGGCGAGAGGCUGCAGCAGAGGUUCAAAAGCAAAAGCCGCCUUUUGAAUGGAAGAGUGUCGCCCAUUCCCUCAAGGCGGUCCUAGGCAGUCCUCUGUUUUUGAUGCUGGGUCUGGCGCAUUCCAUGUCCUUUGUCUGCCGUGGAACAGAUCGUAUUCUCGGCACAUUCUUUCAAGAGAUGUCGUCCUUGCCACCUGCAAUUUCAGGAGGUUUAACCAUUACUAUUACGUUUGGGUUGAUCCAAGGUCUCAUCUCAGGUGCCAAGAAGUAUGCUAAAUGCGCUACCCUGGAAGACAAGCGCAACUUUUUGAAGAAGCGAUACGUUGCUUGUAUCUCGGCAACCUUGGGCUUGGUUGCUUUGUCACAAGUGGGAGCGGGACUUCUCCCCAAUCGAUGGGCCAUGACUGCUGCCUUGGCGCUGGUGUCUGGAAUCAUGGCCUCGAACAUCUCCUUUCAGUACUUUCAGUUCCCAGCCAUGAUUGCACAACGAUACGGCGAUCACAAGCCAGUGGUCAUCAGCUUUUUGGACGGGUUUGGAUUCCUCCUCUCGGCACCCAUCUUUGCAGCAAUCAGCAAAAUCGUUCCUAGCAUGGGAUGGUCGUCUGGAUGGGGAUUGCUGGCCACUCUGUUCGGAUCCGCUGCCGUUUUGAUGUUGACGUGCAUCAACCCCAUUUUGAACCUCAGCAAGACGCCCGCUGAAGAAGAAUUGGAGAAGCAGCAGGCAGUUCCACUGAUGGGAUAG